AUGAGCAGUCCCCGAAUCGCAACACCUCGUCAAUAUGGCGGCGGUCACUUUGGCGCCACGUCCGACAGGCGGCGCUCCGACUUGCGCAUGCCUCGAUUCUUCAGAAGGCUCUUCAAGUUCCCUCAGAUGGAUUUCGAGAUGGCCGUGUGGGAGAUGACACAUCUGCUCAUCGCGCCCAAGAAAGUAUUCAAAUCAAUUUACUACCACAAACGCACGUCUUCCGAUCCUGCCAACACCACAAGGAAUACAUGGCACCGUCCUGAUCCUUCCUUUACCUACUUGUUGUCCUUCUUCCUUCUCCUAACGUCCUUCGCCUGGUCGCUUGCCUACACGCCAUCCUUCGCUUCCGUCGUCAAAUUGGCCCUCAUGUUCGUCCUCAUCCAUUUCCUCCUGGGAUCGUUGAUUGUUUCGACCAUCGCCUACUAUGUUGUCGGACGGCUUCUGGGCCCCGGCAUUGCAGGACUUCCUGGUCGGAGGCGUCAGCAGGGGCUGUUUGGACCAGCUGGAGGGCCAAGAGGGGCCGACGCCCUGGAAUUCGGAUACUGUUUCGACGUGUCAAUACGAGCGUUCUUCCCGCCGUACGUGCUGCUUUAUAUUCUACAGUACAUCCUCAUGCCGGUCCUCAAUCACGAAAACCGCGCCUCUACUUUCUUCGCCAAUCUCCUCUAUCUGGCAGCCGGGUUAUACUGGAGCGUGAUUAUCUUCCUGGGCUACAAUGCCCUGCAUUUCCUCAGCCAUACGCAGCUGCUUCUCUCGCCCAUGGUGGCCUGGGUGGUCAUCUGGCUUGUCUGUACGAUCCUAGGCGUGAACCUGACGACCUGGGGAACAAGGUGGAUGUUUUUGGGUGUCAAGGGUUGA